AUGUGGGACCACGGAAAGAUCGGACGUGUGACAGUUACCAUCAGUAGUGUGUCUGACAUUGACAGUGGAGAGUACUGGUGUACAGUUCCUUCUUCGAAUGGGAUGGUGGACAUCUUUGAAAAAGUGAAGUUUUGGGUGAUUAAUGCAAGCGGCUUUGAAGGGAACACCAUCAACAUUUCCUGCAAGUAUCCGAAUAUGAGUGGGGCACAUCGUAAAUAUUUCCUCAGAGGAAAAGAUCCAAAGAAGUGUUUGGAGCAGGAAUUUUUGAGUAAAUCCAGAUUCUCUUCGCGGGACAUUGCUGCUGACUUCACUGUGACCAUCUCUAACCUCACAGCAGAGGAUGCUGGGAUAUAUUGGUGUGUAGUGAUCAGUGACACCAGUGGACCAGAAUUCACUUCAGCUGUUCAGAUAACUGUUGAGAAAGAUCUUUCACACAUCACGGUGCCUGUCGCUGUGUCGUUGGCCGUGGUUGCACUGCUGAUAGUGAUGGUAAUCCUUAUCGUCUGCAGAAAAAGAAGAAGCAAGACAGGUGAUAGAGGGAUGAACAUAGACCAGGACACACCAAUGAUGACAAUGGUUCAAACCAAAGAAGAGGACAAAGAGGUGGCGCAAACCACUAACAAUUAUGAGGCAGUGAAGAACACAACAGGUGCGUCCACAGGUGAUGAGAACCCAGGUACCCCCCUCACCACUACUUCUGCCACUGCUUACCUGUCCACCAGCCCCACGGACACUGCCUACCUGUCCACCAGUCCCACGGACACGGUCACCUACUCCUCCGUCAGCUUCCAGAAGAGUGCCGCUGGACGCGGUGUCCCGGGAGGUGAGGACCUCACAGCCAUCGGCGACCACGCGUGUGAAUAUGCCCACGUCAAAUAUUCAGCCAUUCCGAAAUAG